GAGGCACCGCCGGCGGGUCCCCGGUGUCCGCCGCCUUCGCUGUCCCCCCGCGCCCUCCACUUCCGGGCCCUCGUCCGGGGCAUGGAGCGUCGCGCGUGAGGCGCCGCCGGCCCCGGGGACCCCCUGCCCAGCUCGUCCUCCGCGCCGCGCCCCGGUCCGUGCCCCUCGCCUGCAGCUGCCAUGGAAGCUCCUCGGACCCUUUAGAAGCUUCUCACUGCCGUCACAGGAGCCCCAAAGGAUGUCCAGCGGGGUCUCCCCAGCCGAGCAGGUGGCGGCAGGCGACAUGGAUGACACGGCGGCACGCUUCUGUGUGCAGAAGCACUCCUGGGAUGGGCUGCGCAGCAUCAUCCACGGCAGCCGCAAGUCGUCGGGCCUCAUUAUCAGCAAGGCCCCCCACGACUUCCAGUUUGUGCAGAAGCCUGACGAGUCUGGCCCCCACUCCCACCGUCUCUACUACCUGGGAAUGCCAUACGGCAGCCGCGAGAACUCCCUCCUCUACUCCGAGAUCCCCAAGAAGGUGCGGAAGGAGGCCCUGCUGCUGCUGUCCUGGAAGCAGAUGCUGGACCACUUCCAGGCCACACCCCACCACGGUGUCUACUCUCGAGAGGAGGAGCUGCUGCGGGAGCGCAAGCGCCUGGGCGUCUUCGGGAUCACCUCUUACGACUUCCACAGUGAGAGUGGCCUCUUCCUCUUCCAGGCCAGCAACAGCCUGUUCCACUGCAGGGACGGCGGCAAGAAUGGCUUCAUGGUGUCCCCUAUGAAGCCACUGGAGAUCAAGACCCAGUGCUCCGGGCCACGUAUGGACCCCAAGAUCUGCCCCGCAGACCCAGCCUUCUUCUCCUUUAUCAACAACAGUGACCUGUGGGUGGCCAACAUCGAGACCGGAGAGGAACGGCGACUAACCUUCUGUCACCAGGGCUCAGCCAAUGUCCUGGACGAUCCCAAGUCUGCAGGUGUGGCCACCUUUGUCAUCCAGGAGGAGUUUGACCGCUUUACCGGGUGCUGGUGGUGCCCCACCGCCUCUUGGGAAGGUUCUGAAGGCCUCAAGACGCUGCGUAUCCUGUAUGAAGAAGUGGAUGAGUCUGAGGUGGAGGUCAUCCAUGUGCCCUCCCCUGCCCUGGAGGAGAGGAAGACUGAUUCCUAUCGAUACCCCAGGACAGGCAGCAAGAACCCCAAGAUCGCCCUGAAACUGGCUGAGCUCCAGACGGAUGGACAGGGCAAGAUUGUGUCCAGCUGCGAGAAGGAACUGGUGCAGCCAUUCAGCUCCCUCUUCCCCAAGGUGGAGUACAUCGCGCGGGCUGGCUGGACACGGGAUGGCAGAUAUGCCUGGGCCAUGUUCCUGGACCGUCCCCAGCAGCGGCUCCAGCUCGUCCUCCUGCCGCCAGCCCUUUUCAUCGCGUCCCCGGAGAACGAGGCCCAGCGGCAGGCAGCUGCCAGAGCCGUCCCCAAGAAUGUGCAACCCUUUGUCAUUUACGAAGAAGUCACCAACGUCUGGAUCAACGUCCAUGACAUCUUCCACCCGUUCCCGCAGGCCGAGGGCCAGCAGGAUUUCUGCUUCAUCCGUGCCAACGAGUGUAAGACCGGCUUCUGCCACUUGUACAAGGUCACCGUGGACCUUAAAACCAGUGACUACGACUGGACGGAACCCCUCAGCCCCACAGAAGAUGAGUUUAAGUGCCCCAUCAAGGAGGAGGUUGCGCUGACCAGUGGCGAGUGGGAGGUCUUGUCAAGGCAUGGCUCCAAGAUCUGGGUCAAUGAGCAGACAAAGCUGGUGUACUUCCAAGGCACAAAGGACACGCCCCUGGAGCACCACCUUUACGUGGUCAGCUACGAGUCGGCUGGCGAGAUCGUGAGGCUCACCACACCCGGCUUCUCCCACAGCUGCUCCAUGAGUCAGAACUUCGACAUGUUUGUGAGUCACUACAGCAGCGUGAGCACACCGCCCUGCGUGCACGUGUACAAGCUGAGCGGCCCUGACGAUGACCCGCUGCACAAGCAGCCACGCUUCUGGGCCAGCAUGAUGGAGGCAGCCAACUGCCCCCCGGACUACGUGCCUCCCGAGAUCUUCCACUUCCACACCCGUGCCGACGUGCAGCUGUACGGCAUGAUCUACAAGCCGCACACCUGCAGCGGGGAAGAAGCACCCACUGUGCUCUUCGUCUAUGGGGGCCCUCAGGUGCAGCUGGUGAACAACUCCUUCAAGGGCAUCAAGUACCUGCGGCUGAACACGCUGGCGUCCCUGGGCUAUGCCGUGGUGGUGAUUGAUGGCCGGGGCUCCUGUCAGCGGGGCCUGCGGUUUGAGGGGGCCCUGAAAAACCAGAUGGGCCAGGUGGAGAUUGAGGACCAGGUGGAAGGCUUGCAGUGUGCCGAGAAGUAUGGCUUCAUCGACCUCAGCCGCGGCAUCCACGGCUGGUCCUACGGCGGCUUCCUCUCGCUCAUGGGGCUCAUCCACAAGCCGCAGGUGUUCAAGGUAGCCAUUGCGGGUGCUCCCGUCACCGUGUGGAUGGCCUAUGACACAGGGUACACAGAACGGUACAUGGAUGUCCCUGAAAACAACCAGCAAGGCUAUGAGGCAGGGUCUGUGGCCCUGCACGUGGAGAAGCUGCCCAACGAGCCUAACCGCCUGCUCAUCCUCCAUGGCUUCCUGGACGAGAAUGUCCACUUUUUCCACACAAACUUCCUCGUGUCCCAGCUGAUCCGGGCAGGGAAGCCAUACCAGCUCCAGAUCUACCCCAACGAGAGACACAGCAUCCGCUGCCCCGAGUCCGGGGAGCACUACGAGGUGACAUUGCUGCACUUCCUGCAAGAGCACCUGUGACCUGUGACCUCCGACCUCUGCCCUGAUGCCGCCGCUGCUUUUCUUGCGUAUUUGUAAUCUUUUAGUUUUUGAAGCUUUCAAUUUGUUUGCUUGCUGCUGCUGCUUGGGGGCCAGGACAGAGGCAGUGGCGGCCCCCGUGCUACCCUCCUUGGCCUGGUUAGGAGAAGACCAACACCGGGCCCACAGCCGCCAUGGGGGCUGCCACGGCCCCAUACUUGCAGCACCAUCCCAGCUCAGAAGCAUGUGCCGCCCCGCCGACCCCCGCUGCAGAGUCGUGUGUGUUUGGGGAGCAUUUUAAAUAAUUAUUUAAAAGACAGGAAGCAAGCGGUACCGAAAUGUAAAAUUGGAGGUACGGCACUGGGCGGCUGGGGACACCACGCCCUCCUGACGCCCAGACUACGUGGAGCUGCCAAGCCCGUGUCGGGGCGUCCUCUGUCCUGCCUGUCUCUGCCCAACUCCUCCUCAUGCACCACCCGGGGGUGCCAGGGUCGGGAGUAGGACCCAUCCUGACCUCAGGGUUGUAUCCCUUCCCUGCCCCCCUCCCACCAGAGUUUGGGCAUAAAGAAGUAAA